AUGUCGUCACAACAAACAUUGGCCCCCGCGCAGCGGCGCAUCUUUGAAAAAAUGGGCAAUGAACUUGAGAACCGUGAGUAUACCAAAGCGCUGCGCUCGGCGGACGCAAUCCUCAGCGUAGUACCCGAGCAUGCGGAUACGCUCGCAGUGAAGGGUGUAUCGAUGUUCAAUCUAGACCACAAAGAGGAAGGCUAUGAGAUAAUUAAAAAAGCCAUUGCGCUUAACCCGGGCUCUACGAUGGCAUGGCACUCUCUAGGGGUGUGUCAGCGCAGUGAUAGGAACUACCACGAAGCUCUUAAAGCAUUCAAACGUACCCUAACAACAGAUCCGAAUAAUUUUAACGUUAUGCGGGAUAUCUCGUCGAUAUGCAUCCAGUUACGGGAUUGGGAACAGUUUUUGGAGUUUCGCGAAAAGAUGUUGAAACUAAAAUCUGGAAUCCGUGCAAAUUGGAUCGCGCUCUCCUGCGGUCACCGUAUCCUUGGUAAUUACAAGCUCGCUGCCGCCAUGAUGGAUGUGAUGGCUUCGAUUAUGAGCUGUGGCGAUCACCCGGCGGAGGUAAGUGAAGUCCAGCUUUAUCGGGUUGAGCUAGAACUGGAGAGUGGUGAACCUCAAAGAGCCCUGGAGCUGUUGAAGCGGCACGAUGCAGAAAUAAGGGACACCGUUAUGAAGUUAUUACUGCGUGCCAAGGCGCAUGCUCAGCUCGGCCAGAAGGCAGAAGCUACCAAGCGUUACAUGGAGCUCAUAUCCAUGGGCUUUCAUGAAGCUGACUGCAUCGCUGCGAUCGCGCAGCUGCGUAAAAUACCAUUGGACGCUUAUCUUCGGCCCAAGCGCGAUGUGGAUAAGUAUAUGGAGAUGAUGGAUCAGGUACUCGAGGUCACCAAUCAUAAAGGCAGCAACUACGCUAUUCGUCACAUCCUGGACUGUGUGCCGUUGGAUCAGUUCAGGGAGCGUCUCAUCACAUUUGUCAAACCCUAUAUCAUGCGUCUGAUUCCCUCCAUUGUCAGCAUUCUCAAAUCUCUUUAUCGAGAUGAAGACCGUGCCAAGGCAGUUGGAGAGGUCUUUCAGCAGUGGGAGCAGGAGCUCCUUUUGGACGAUUUUUCUGGCUUCGGCCGCGAAAAAAACCCCUGCUACAUUCUUUGGGUAUGGAUGUUUCUUGCAUCCCAUUAUCGUCGGACGGGGGAUUACGCUACCGCGCACAACUACAUUGACAAAGCCAUUGCCCACACACCCACGCUCGAGUUGUUGUAUCUUGAGAAGAGCAAGAUCUAUGCGCGUGAGGGGAAGACGUCAGAAAUGGCACAAUGUGCUGACUUUUGCCGCAAACUGGAUCUGCAGGACAAAUACUUGAACAGUAAGGCAGCCAAGUAUUUUUUCCGCGAUAAUCAGAUAGAAAAGGGUGAAGAGACGAUGCAGCUAUUCUACAAGGAAUCAGUUGUACAAGGUGACACUUAUCUCACUGCAUUAGAAUCACAAUGUGCCUGGUAUGGACGCGAGGUGGGUGAGGCCUUUUACCGCCGUGGCGAUUACAUCUCAGCCCUCCAGAACCUCCUCCUAUUCGAGAAACAUCACUACAACAAUCACUGUGAACUGACUGACUUUCAUGCGUACGUCUUUCGACGCUGCACGAUGCGGCCAUGGUUUAACGUCCUUGAUUGCGACGAUAACAUAGGUAAGAAUAAAUUCUUCCUGAAACAAUGUCCAGCCAUUGUGCGCUGCUACAUGAAGGUGGACGAACUCGGCGAAGAAGCGGUGCGCGCCGCGCACACGCCGCGUCCAGAAUUGGUGCUAGAUGGGAUCGGCUCCGAGGAUGCCAAACGCCUCAAGCAGUUGCGAAAGGACUAUUAUAUAACAAACCUCGACCUUACGGAGCCGAUGGCCAAAGCUGAACGUUACCUAGGCUACCUUCUCGAAAACUGUGCGCACCUCGAGAGUGUACACACGCUGGCCGUAGAAUACUACACUAAGAGGAAGAAGCCUCUUGUAGUGGCACGCGAACUGCUAGCCCUGAAGCGACUUGGUCACCGGGGAUUGGGUGCACUAGUGGAGGAGUUCAAUCAAAAACUUUACGUGGAACGCGUCAGUGAUAUGGACGACCGUGUGCGUGGUGUUGUGGAUGCGAUUCUGCAGCAGAUAGCCAGAUUAGACUAG